AAGUACAUAAAGUAUAUUAUUUUCAAAGGCGUUACUUUCAAAUUAUAUUCUUAAUCCAAAAAAAAAAAACUCUUAAGAUCUCAAAAAGCAUAGACGAAGAAUAAUAAUAAAUAAAUAUAAGAACCGCAAGAUCUCUUUCACCAGGCCUCGUAGUAGUAGUCGUCGGUCUUUGGUGCGUGGGGGCCAACGUGUCAUCCCCACCACUAGCCCUGUCGAUGGCCGAAUCACGACAAGAAAGAGGCGGCGAAGAAGCGAGCGAAAUCAGCUGCUGCCGGCGGCUGCAGCGGGCGUUGAGCGAGUGCCAUCGGCGGAUUCCGUUAGGUCCGGCGCGGGACUCGGCCUGUCGUCACCUGAACCGGGCUCUGGCCGAGUGUCUGGUUUCGACGACCUGUCCGGAACAGUACGAGGCUGUAAAGAGCCUAUGUUCCAGCUCCGGAACCGUUUUGAAACGAUCUCAGUGCCAAGAGGCUCAGCUCUCCCUCUCUGUCUGCCUCUCUUACUAUCAAACCUCCACCUGACAUCCAACAAUUUUCCCUAGGGUGUUCGUGAUGCGGGUGGUGCGGUUUUUCUUUAAUUUUUUGGACUGCACUGCAUACGCGGUUUGAACAAUUUUACAAACUGCAACCCGCACCGCAUAGACCUCAAACCGCACCGCAAAAAUGCGGUGUGGUGCGGUGUGAGCGGU